UUUGGUUGUUUUUCCCGGUGAGGUCACACUGUUGUCACAGAGACUUAGUAGUUGAAGCGAUUUUGACAGCAAAAUGAACUUUGACGGAACUUCCAGGUGUUGUUGGUGAAGUUUUCCUGAACCCUGAGCUGAGCUGUUUGCUGUGGAAUCUGAGCGGAAGGGAGCAGAAAUAUGCAGCUUUGACAACUCCAGUCUUCCCUGGAGCUGAUUGAUUGGCUAAACGGCUGCUUAGCGUCUGCACACAAAACAUCUGCAGGUGCAGCAGCAAUAUGACUAAGAGAAGCCCAUCUCUUCAGCUGGUUAAAAGGAUGCUGAACCAUCACUGCAGAGGGAACCCUGACCUCCAUGAGGAGCUGCAGAUCCAGGCUGCAGUGGCAGCGGGGGACAUAUGCACCGUCAGGAGGAUGCUGGAGCAGGGCUACUCACCUAAGAUACGGGACGCCAACGGAUGGACGCUGCUGCACUUCUCUGCUGCCAAAGGAAAGGAGCGAUGCGUCCGAGUCUUUCUGGAGCAUGGAGCGGACCCCACAGUGAAGGACUUCAUUGGUGGCUUCACAGCCCUUCACUAUGCAGCCAUGCAUGGCAGGGCUCGCAUUGCCCGACUGAUGCUGGAGUCCGAGUAUCGUGGUGACAUCAUCAACGCUAAAAGCAACGAUGGCUGGACACCGCUCCACGUGGCAGCCCAUUACGGCCGUGACUCGUUCGUACGCCUCCUGCUGGAGUUCAGGGCCGAGGUGGAUCCACUUAGUGACAAAGGCACCACGCCGCUGCAGCUGGCCAUCAUCCGCGAGCGCUCCAGCUGCGUACGGAUCCUGCUGGACCACAGCGCCAACAUCGAUAUUCAGAACGGUUUCCUGUUGCGCUACGCCGUCAUCAAAGGAAACCAUUCCUACUGCCGUAUGUUCCUGCAGAGGGGGGCAGACACAAACCUUGGUCGCCUUGAAGAUGGACAGACCCCCCUGCAUCUGUCAGCCCUUAGGGACGAUGCGCUGUGUGCUCAGAUGCUCUACACAUAUGGGGCUAACACCAACACCAGGAACUACGAAGGCCAGACCCCCGUAGCUGUGUCUGUUAGCAUGUCUGGAAUUAGCCGGCCUUGUCUGGAUUUCCUGCAGGAGGUCACCAGGCAACCUCGGAGUCUCCAGGACCUGUGUCGAAUAAAAAUCCGUCACUGUAUUGGCCUUCAAAGUUUGAAAUUCUUGGAGGAUCUUCCAAUUGCAAAAGUUAUGAAAGACUAUUUAAAACAUAAGUUUGACAGUUUGUGAAGGAGCAUGGGACAAGCAGACAGACGGUGACUGGCUCUCUGUCAGACUAUGCAAGCAUUAUGAUUCUGCUCUAGAAGAAGGAUCCUCUGCUUUGUUCUGUACGUUCUGAAGAUUUAGUCCUAUCAGAUUUUCUUUCUUUAUCAAUGCUCUAUUAAGCCUUAUUUAAACUUCUUGCAGUUGCUGACAAUUUUUAGUAGGCACUUUUUUUUUUUAGGAGACUGAAACUUACUUGACUGCAUAUGGCAUUAUUCCCAUAGUAAUAACAUUUACCUUUUAUACAUAUGUUAUCCCAUUGGUGAGAGUUUUGAAAAAUUAAAGCAUGGGCAUGUGGAUUUUGUAUAAUUUUUUUUUUUAAAUAAAAAUAUGGAAGGUAACUUUUUGUAUUCAACUGAGACAUUGACAGAAGAUAACCAGUCAGAAUGGCCAAAACUCUGAACUGGAACCAGUAUUGACACGGUGCAGCAGGAGUCAAAUCUGAAACCUGCUUAGAGUGUGUGGAGGACUCUGCAGCAGGAGCAGCAAGCUUCAUAUCCACCACAAAAGGCUACAAGGCUAUGUAGUAAUUAUCAAUUAAAGGUGUGAAUGAUUCUGACAGUAAUUUUUACAAUCCAAAGCAUUUAAAUGCUUGCAGUUUAAAUCGGUACCACCACAUCUUUUCUGGCAGAUUUGUGGGGUGUUUUUUGUUUUGUUUUUAUCACCCUGAAUCUCAUUUGAAGAACAGUUAGAGGAAACCGUGUAGUCUAAAGUUUCCUCAGGAUUUAGAUCCUUUUUUUUUUGUGGGGUUAUGCGUGGAGGUAAGUCGUGAUUAUAUUUUACCUCUAGUAGAUAACGCCCUGUAUCCAUAUGGAUUAGGAGAAUUAAGUUUGGCUCAAAAUAUCUGGUUGGGGUUUUAAGUGAAGACUAACUUAUUUUUUGGACAUAACAUUUGGACAGUUGCUCUGGACACACAGACUUCACAAGUAGCUUUUGUGUCUAUUUUUCUUCAAGUGCUUCACAUCAGAAGCCUGUUGUUCCAGACCUUUCAUGGUCUGUGGUAAAUAACCAUACUCCUGCAGACAUGACUGGUUUAAACAGAUCUUAUAAACUCUGUUUACUUGUUUUAAAAUAGCAGCGGUCAUCUUCAGUCCAGAUCCUGUUCUGACCAGCUGUCAGCUGAACACCCAUCCAGACAGAAAAGGUAAAAGAAAUUAUUUUUAGAUUGUAUACAAUUUAUAACCACUGCAAAACAAUUCAAAGUCUGCCUUUUAGAGUUCAGUUGAGGUCAUUUUGAGCUGAAACAUUUAUGACUGGAUGUGAGGAUGUUUUUUUAAAAAAUAUUUUCUUAUGCUUAAAAAAUGUACUUCAUUUUUAUUUUUGAGGUGAGUUCAAACAGAAAUGUGGAUAUUACAUUGAAAGGUUUGCAGUAAAACAGAAUAACAAACUGAACCCUGAUGGCUGAUCAAUGUGGAGAUAUUGAUCCACUCGAUCGGUUUCUGAAUUCCUCUGAGGUGUCAUUAGUGGCAGAUUAAGUGGAAUUUGAAAAGCUCUGAAUGUAUUCAGUGUAUUCGCAUAUUUAGCUGAAGACACUUCAUCUACCUUUUUUAUGAACUACAAUACAAAUCAGUUUUAUUUUCAGACAUUGGUGAAAGAGUGUAAUGUGUUAAUUUUUUUAUUUUUUAAACUUACGAUAUGACGGCUCCAGUGAACCUGCUAUGUCCAUUUCUGUGCCAUGGUGGAAGCACUGUGGAGCCUUCACCGUUACUCUCUAAAGCAGUUGUGUUUUCAGGAAAACUGGCCUUCACAGCUACUGUCAGUGUAAAUAUGUUACGGCCUAUUUAUGUAAAAUCUGUUCAAGCAAUAAUCUGGUGUUCCCGACAUUUACAUUUUGGAAAGUCUUGUAACUUCUUUGGUGUGAAUUAAGUAUUUUAUGUGUGUGAGUUCAUUAAAGUUUCAUUUUGAAUAUGUCGUCUGUAAUAUGUAUACUUUUUUUGCCUGUGAAGUGUAAAAAGCAUACACCCUCUUUUGCAGUAGCUUAUUAAGCAAUUAAAAAAUAACUCUG